AUGAAUUCAUUGUUAUUUAAAAAUAAAGCAUCAAAUAAUGAAAUGGAUAAAAUAUUUAAUGAAAAUAAUGAAGCUAUAAUUUCCAUAGAAAAUAAAAAAAUUGUAUUUCCUCAUAAAUUUAAGAAAUGUAUAAUUCAAAACGCUUUUUCAAGUGUGUUAAGUCCAUUAAAAAUUGAACAUAAUAAUAUCCUAACAAAAAAUUCAAAAAUAUCAAACAUUUUUUCCCCAAGAAAAAAAAAAACAAAAUUAAAAAAUAGGGAAGAUAUAUACAAAAAAGAAGCAAGUGUUAAAUAUAAUAAAGAGAUAAGUUUUAGUAAUAACAUAAACCUGUGUAAUAUGGAAUUAUUUGAUAACAAUAACUUUGAAUCUCAAAUUAAUAAUAAAAUCAUGAAGAAAAAAUUUUUUGAAAGAAAUUUUUAUUCUAAAUAUUCAAAUUUAGAAAAUUUUUCUACGGAUGAAGUAAAUGACAUUCUAGAAAAUUAUGAUUACUCAACAAAUUAUAUAAUAAAAAAUAGAGACUUUAAAGAUUUUCAAGGUAAACAUGAUUCAAAAUUAACUAAUAAAAUUGGUAAUAUAAAUAAUUUAUAUUCAAAUAAAAUACAAAUAAUCAAUUACAAUAUUAAUUUCGUUGAACACAAUAGUGUAGUAAAUCCAAUAAUACAACAUGAGUGUAAUCGAAAAUUUCCAAAUGGCAAAUGGAUAAUGGAAAAUGAUAAAAUUAAUAAGGAAAUUAAGACAUUUCAUAAUUGUAAUAUCACAGCUGAUACAAAAUUAAAUAGAGAGAAUUCUAUAUAUGUUAAUUGUGAAAAUGAAUUACAAAAAAUUCACUCUUUAUCUUUAAAAGAUAUGGAUACAAAGGUGACAGGAGAUAGUAUAAAACAAGUAAGUGAAGUAGUUGAUACUUCAAGACAACAUUUUAGUAUUUGUGAUGACAUAAGUCCCUUAAUUAAGAAAAAGAUAAAAAAGGGGAAAAAAAAAAAUAAAGGAGCUUGCUUUUUCAAUUUAAAUAAUUUUUCAUGUCAAUUUUUAAUGUCAUGUAGUAAGACAUAA